ACUACUAUAAAUAUAAACCUCCCCACACGCGCCUCUCCAACAAACACUCAUCAUCCCCUCUGUAAACCUUGAGAAACAAACACCGGAAAAUGUCCAACACCGCCGUCUCCGGCGCCGGCGAGUUCAUGCUCUUCGGCGUGAGAGUCACCGUCGACUCCAUGAGAAAGUGCGUGAGCAUGAACAACCUCUCCCAGUACGAGCACCCUCACGACGCCCCUAACAACAAAGAACACGCCGCCGGCUACGCCUCCGCCGACGAAGCCCCUGCUCCCCUCCCCGUCAAGCUCGCCAACCCCGACCGCAAGCGAGGGGUUCCAUGGACGGAGGAAGAACACAAGCUAUUCUUGUUGGGAUUGCAGAAAGUAGGGAAAGGUGAUUGGAGAGGAAUUUCAAAGAACUUUGUCAAAACCCGGACGUCAACGCAAGUUGCUAGCCAUGCUCAGAAGUACUUUCUCCGCCGCGCUAACCUCACGCGCCGCCGUCGUAGAUCUAGCCUCUUUGACAUCACCACCGACACUGUCUCUGCAGCCCAAAUGGAGGAAGAGCAGAUCCAGCAUCAAGAUAACAUGUCCCAUUCGUGUCCCAUUUACCCUGCAACUGCAACUGAAACCCCUGAAAGUAGCAACCGGAAUGGAUAUCCAAUGAUGCCCAUGUAUUCAAUGGCAGUUGGUUCUGGAGUCAAUUCAGUUCUAGCUAGGAAUCAAAUGGAGAAACUCACUUUGGGACAAGAAAAUGUGGAACAGAAUGAGGUAAGCAAGCUAGCCUGUACAAUUCCUGCUGUUCCAGAUCAUAAAGCCUCUUCCAGUGUGUCUGAUAUCAGUUCCAAUACAAGUUCAAUUGUUGAUCCACCAACACUGUCCCUGGGGCUAUCUUUGUCAUCUGAUCAAAGACAGAAAUCACCAAGACAUACACCUUUACAUGCAGUGCCGUGCUUUAACAAUGAAGAUAGCAUCAUAACUGUUGCUUGAGAAAGAUGACAUAAUAUAUAUACGAAUAUAAUGGUUGUGGUGGAGACUUGAGAGAGAUGUUAAAGUUAAGGACAAUGGAUCAGAGAUGUUAGGAUACACAAUGAGCAAAAUCACGGUGGGCAGAAGCAUCUCCCCUCAGCUUUUGUGACUGUCCAUUGUGAUUUUGGCUUCAUCGUAAUUUUUAACCUUAGUUUUCCGCCGUAAUAGGUGGCCAAAUUUGACCCUUAUAUUCCUCCUACAAAGGUCCUGUCAUGUUCUUGUUAGUUUGGUGUAUGACAUGAAAUUCUUUUUUAUUGGGAGUUUUAUGUUCGUAGUUGCUGAAAAUAACGAAGUUUUCUUUUCUUGUUAGUUGCUAAUAAUGUUGGGUAUGGACUAUAUACCGAAUUUUGAUUUCUGGAA